AUGCCGCGGGAUGUUUCGUUUUCCGUGGGACGCGGCAAGAAGAAGGCGAUCCUGGACGGCGUCAGCGGCAGGGCUAACGCGGGAAAAGUGCUGGCGGUGAUGGGCCCUUCCGGCUCAGGGAAGACGACGCUGCUCAAUGCCCUCGCCGGCCAGGCGUUCGUGAAGCAGGAAGACGUGUUCUACAGCCAGCUCACGGUUAGGGAGACCCUCCUUAUGGCGGCGCGCCUCCGCCUCCCGAGCUCCGUGCCCCUUGAGGAGAAGUCCGCCAUGGUGGACAAGCUCAUCAGCAAGCUUGGCCUGUCCAAGGUGGCCUCUACGAUCGUCGGGGACGAGAAGACCAGGGGCAUCUCGGGGGGAGAGAAGAAGCGCCUCUCCAUCGCUUGCCAGCUCUUUGGAACCCCCUCGCUCAUCUUCUGCGACGAGCCCACGACCGGCCUGGAUGCCUUCCAGGCUAGUGCUGCGGAGCGGGUCAUGGCCACCCUCCGGCAGCUGGCCCAGGAUGGACACACGGUGAUCUGCUCGAUCCACCAGCCCAGGAGUUCCAUAUACGGGAUGUUCGACGACGUCUUGUUGCUCAGCGAGGGCCGGGUCAUGUUCCAGGGGCCCGCGAAGCGGAUCGGGUCGUACUUCCGGUCGAAGGGGUACCCCAUGCCGUCCCACACGAACCCCGGGGACUUCGCGGUCGACGUGGUUUCGGUGGAUUACACGUCUAAGAAGACCGAAAGGAGGACCAAGGAGCGUAUCGCCCGCUUCGACGCCGAGCACCGUGCUUCCGCACCCACGUCUUCGUCAUCAUCAUCGUCAUCGUCGUCUCUGCUGAGCUACUUCGUCUCCCACUGGGAGAAGACCGGAGGGGAAGCAACGGAGGACGAGGACGAAGAGGAAGAAGGGGAGAACAAGCAGAAGCAGAAGGAGAAGGAGAAAGAGGAGGUGACAGAGGUGGCGGAAACAGCGGCGGCGGCAGCCGCGGCAGUGGUGAAGGGAGGGGCGACGUCGUCGAAAGCGGCGGCGCAGCGCCGGGGGAAGGCCACCCAGCGCAAGGGCAAGGCAGCGGCGAAGCGAGGGAGCAAGGCAGCAGCGAAGAAAGGGAGCAAGGCGGUGCAGCGACGGAGCGGCGACGGGGAGAAGAGGGCCGGUGCGAUGGAGCAGUUCCGACUGCUGCUGGCAAGGUCUUGGAGGCAGGUCAACCGCGCCAAGGACGAGUCGGCGGAAGAGGAGAGAUUGAAGAAGAAAAAGUGA